GCGGCUCGGUGCCGGCGGCCUCGGUUUCCCGUGAGGCUCCGCGCGGGGCCGGGGGCCGGCGGCGGCGGCGGCGGGGGGGUCCCGGCGGGCGCCAUGGAGGCCGUGCCCCGCAUGCCCAUGAUCUGGCUGGACCUGAAGGAGGCCGGCGAGUUCGCCUUCAACGCCGCCGUCAAGAAGUUUGUCCUGAAGAACUACGGGGAGAACCCGGAGAACUACAACGAGGAGCUGCGCAAGCUGGAGGCGCUGCGGCAGAACGCCGUCAACGUCCCCAGGGACUUCGAGGGCUGCAGCACGCUGCGGAAAUACUUCGGGCAGCUCCACUACCUGCAGAGCCGGAUCCCGAUGGGUGCCGAGCAGGAGGCCGCGGUCCCCAUCGCGUGGACCGAGAUCUUCUCGGGCAAGACGGUGACUCACGAGGACAUCAAGUACGAGCAGGCGUGCGUCCUCUACAACCUGGGCGCGCUGCACUCCAUGCUGGGCGCCAUGGACAAGAGGGUGUCGGAGGAGGGCAUGAAGGUUUCGUGCACCCACUUCCAGUGCGCUGCCGGGGCCUUCACCUACCUGCGGGACCACUUCCCCCACUCGUACAGCGUGGACAUGAGCCACCAGAUCCUCAACCUCAACAUCAACCUCAUGCUGGGCCAAGCGCAGGAGUGUCUGCUGGAGAAAUCCAUGCUGGACAACAGGAAGAGCUUCCUCGUGGCCCGGAUCAGCGCCCAGGUGGUGGAUUACUACAAGGAGGCCUGCCGGGCGUUAGAGAACUCGGAGACGGCCUCGCUGCUGGGCAAGAUCCAGAAGGACUGGAAGAAGCUGGUUCAGAUGAAGAUCUACUAUUUUGCCGCCGUGGCCCACCUGCACAUGGGAAAACAGGCCGAGGAGCAGCAGAAGUUCGGGGAAAGGGUCGUCUACUUCCAGAGCGCUCUGGAUAAGCUCAACGAGGCUAUCAAGCUGGCAAAGGGCCAGCCCGAAACCGUCCAGGAAGCCCUGAGGUUCACCAUGGACGUGAUCGGCGGCAAGUACAAUUCGGCCAAAAAGGACAACGACUUCAUCUACCACGAAGCCGUGCCCGCCUUGGACACCCUGCAGGCCGUGAAAGGUGCCCCGCUGGUGAAAGCCCUCCCCGUCAACCCCACGGACCCGGCUGUCACCGGCCCCGAUAUCUUCGCCAAGCUGGUGCCCAUGGCUGCCCACGAGGCCUCCUCGCUCUACAGCGAGGAGAAGGCCAAGCUGCUGAGAGACGUGAUGGCGAAGAUCGAAGCCAAGAACGAAGUGCUGGACCAGUUCAUGGACUCCAUGCAGCUGGACCCCGAGACCGUGGACAACCUGGACAUGUACAGCCACGUCCCUCCCGUCCUGAUGGAGAAGUGCGCCGCGCUCAGCGUGCGCCCCGACACCGUCAAGAACCUCGUCCAGUCCAUGCAGGUGCUCUCUGGGGUCUUCACCGACGUGGAGGCCUCCCUGAAGGAGAUCCGAGACCUCCUCCAGGAGGACGAGGCUCAGGAGCGGAAGCUGCAGGAGCUGCUGGGGAAGGGCCCGGCGCCGCGGGGCUCCCCUCCGCCGCCCUCCGCGGGGCUGGCCGAGGUCAGCAAGGAGUGCUCCAAGUACAUGGAGGUGCACGAGAAGGCCAGCUUCACCAACACCGAGCUGCACAAGGCCAUGAACCUGCACAUCGGCAACCUCCGCCUCCUCAGCGGGCCGCUGGAGCAGGUCCGGGCCGCGCUGCCCUCGCCCGCGUUGACCGAAGACGACAAGCAGGUGCUGCAGAACCUGAAGCGGAUCCUGGUCAAGGUGCAGGAGAUGCGGGACCAGCGCGUGUCCCUGGAGCAGCAGCUGCGCGAGAUGAUCCAGAAGGACGACAUCACCACCUCGCUGGUCACCGCCGACCGCUCCGAGAUGAAGAAACUCUUUGAGGAGCAGCUGAAGAAGUACGACCAGAUCAAGGUGUACCUGGAGCAGAACCUGGCCGCCCAGGAGAACAUCCUGAAGGCGCUGACGGACGCCAACGUCAAAUACGCAGCCGUGCGCAAGGCCCUGGCCGAGGUGGAGCACAAGUGGAACGCCACCGUCCAGACCUUGGUGGCCUCCUACGAAGCCUACGAGGACCUGAUGAAGAAGUCCCAGGAGGGGAAGGAUUUCUACACCGACCUGGAGGGGAAAGCCGCCAAGCUGCUGGAGAAGGCGCGGGCGGCCUGCCAAGCUGCCGAAGCCAACCGGCAGCAGAUCCUGGAGAAGGAGAUGAAGAAGCACCCGCCCCCCCGCCCCACGGCCCCCAAGCCGGCCCUGCAGAAGAAGCCUCCGGAGCUGGAAGCGGGCGGGCCGGAGGCAGCCGACGUGCCGCAGCUCAGCUCCCUGGGCUUGGCCGACCUGCCCGAGGAGCUGCGCAGCCUGCCCCCCGACGUGCUGGCCGGGCACCUGGCCCGCCUGCCCCCCUCCACGCUGGCCGCUCUCGCCCUCGACCCGGCCCUGGCCGCGGGGCUGCGCCCCCCCGCCCCCCUCCCCCCCCCCCCCCUAGCUCUUUUUGCCCCCUGCCAGGCUGGCGAGCGCCCCGCUGCAGCCCGGGCAGCCCUUCGCCCGCUUCCCUGCCCUGCCCGGGCACUACGCGGUGCCUGCCUCUGCCCCGGGACCCUUUCCCCACGGCUCCAGCGGGGCUCCGGUGCUGCCGGCGCAGCUCCUGCAGCCCUCUGCCCCCCAGGCGGCCGUCCCCCCCCCCAGCUCAGCCCCUUCGUCUGCCCCCCAGCUCUUCCCCGCCGCCCCCCUGGUCCGCGGCGCGGUGCAGCCCGGCUACGCGGGGCCCCACGUGCUGCCCCCACGCUCGUCCCCGCAGCACGGCCCCGCUGCCUCCUACGGCCUGGGCCGAGCCGGGCUGCCCGCGCCCGGCCCCCUCAGGCCCCCAGCCGUGGGGCCGGCCCCCGUGGGUGCCCAGCCACCACCCCCGGGUGGCCCCGAGCAGGGCCCGGCCACCCGGCCGGCCACCACCACCGUGGACAGCAUCCAGGCCCCCAUCUCCAGCUGCGCGGCCCCCCCACGGCUCCCCAGCCAGGGCCCGGCCGUGCCCCCCGGUGGCUUCCUGCCCCCCCAGCGCCCGGGCGCCCCCCCCGCCUCCUUCCCCUACGCCCCGGGGGGGCUGCAGCAGCCUUUCGGGCAGCCGGCUCCACACCCCUUCCCUCCUGGGCAGCACCCCCACGCCGCCUUCGCCCCCGCGGCGCAGCUGCAGCCCGGCAUGGAGCUGCCAGCUCGCCCCCAGGGCCUGGGGGGCCCCCAGCAGUUCCCCCCCCAAGCCCCCUUCCUGCCCCCCGGGCGCCCCCAGCUCCCGCUGCCCUUCCAGCCCCCGGCCCGGCCCCCGCUGCCCCCCCAGUUUGCCCAGCAGCCCUUCUCUGGCCCCGUGGGGCAGCUGCGCCCCCCAGCCCCUGGCCAGCCCCCGCUGUGCCCCCAGCUCUACCCGCUGCCCGGCCAGGACAAGCUGCCCCCCCACGGGCGCCCCCCGCACACGGGGGCCCUGCCCUUCACCGGGUCGGUGCCCAGAGCCCCCGGGCAGAGCGUGCCCCCAGCACAGCCCCUGCACCCCGCCCUGGGGGGGCUGCAGCCCGUGCCCGCCAGCUCCCCCGCCCUCCCCUUCUGCCCCAGCCCUGCCCCGUGCCCCCCCGCGCCCCCCGGCACCAUGGCCAUGGGCCCCCCCCCGCCUUCCCCCGCCAGCCAGUCGGGCCCCCACCACGCCGCCCCUUCUCCCAGCCCGGUCCUGAGCCAGAUGCAGGGCCCGGUGGUGGUGCAGGGCCCUCUGGUCCCUCCCCAGCACCGUCCCCGCAGCCGGCCGUGCCCCUGCAGCCCCCGGCUCUGGUGCCCGGCUCCGGCGCCCCGCCGCAGAGACCUCCGCCCUCGCUGACCCCCGGCGCGGCCCCGGGCCCCGGCGAGGCCCCCUUCCAGCGGCAGAGCUCCUCCACCGACGACCUCCUGUCCUCCAGCCCCGAGAGCCAGCACGGCGGCUCCAAGGCGGCCGUGGGCCAGCCGCUGCUGCAGCCCACCAAGGCCGACGCCAAGGAGGGCCAGAAGCCCAAGGCCCUGCAGCUCAUCGAGAACGACCCCUACGAGAAGCCCGAGCGCGUCCUGCGCCUGCUGGCUGAGCUCGACCGCUUCCGCGGGCUGGUGGAGCGCCUGGAGCGCCCGGCGCCCGGCGGCGCCGCCGCCACCGAGCUGGACGCGGUGUGGAAGGAGCUGCAGGACGCCCAGGAGCGCGACGCCCGGCAGCUCUCCAUCGCCAUCGCCCGCUGCUACUCCAUGAAGAACCGGCACCAGGACAUCAUGCCCUACGACCGGAACCGCGUCGUCCUCCGCUCGGGCAAGGACGACUACAUCAACGCCAGCAGGGUGGAGGACCUCUCGCCCUACUGCCCCACCGUCAUCGCCACCCAGGCGCCGCUGCUGGGCACCGCCGCCGACUUCUGGCUCAUGAUCUACGAGCAGAAGGUCUCCGUCGUCGUCAUGCUGGUGUCGGAGCAGGAGCUGGACAAGCAAAAGGUGCUGCGCUACUUCCCCGCGGAGCGGGGCCAGCCCGUGGUGCAGGGCCCUGUCACGCUCGUCCUCACCGGCCUGAAGGCCGCCCCCACGCACGUGGAGCGGAUGAUCACGCUGCAGUACCGCGACCAGAGCCUCAAGCGCACCGUCGUCCACCUGCAGUUCACCUCCUGGCCCGAGCUGGGCCUGCCCGACAGCAAGGGGAGCCUCCUGCGCUUCAUCCAGGAGGUGCACGGCCACUACCUGCACCAGCGCCCGCUGCACACCCCCGUCGUCGUGCACUGCAGCUCCGGCGUGGGCCGCACCGGGGCCUUCUGCCUGCUGUACGCGGCCAUGCAGGAGGUGGAGGCGGGCAACGGCAUCCCCGACCUGGCCCAGCUGGUGAAGCGCCUGCGGCAGCAGCGCAAGCACAUGCUCCAGGAGAAGCUCCACCUCAAGUUCUGCUACGAGGCCGUCCUGCAGCACGCGGAGCAGGUCCUGCACCGCCACGGCGUGGGCACGCCGCCCGUCCCCAAGCCCCCCAACAGCACCUCCCCCAAGCUGUACUUCCACCAGGACCCGCAGGACCUGGUGCUGGGGGGGGACCUGUCCAUCAGCUCCAUCCAGGCCACCAUCGCCAAGCUCAGCAUCAAGCCCGCGGGAGCAGGGGGGGAGACUGGGGGGGCCUGGGGGCCUGAUCCUGCCCCGCUGGCGCCAUUGCCGGCGCUUCCCGACGGCGCGCUGGAUGGCGUGCUGGAUGGCAGCGCCGCGCCGCUCCCUGAGCCAACCCCCCCAGCGCCGCCCGUGCCCGAGCCCCCUGCCGAGGCCGAGAGCAGCAACCACGUGGAGGAGAGCCCCGAGCCCCCCGCGGCCGAGCCCCCGGCGCCCCCGGCCUCCGCUCCCUCCUCAUCCUCGCUGGAGCUGCUGGCCUCCCUCACGCCCGAGGCCUUCACCCUGGACGCGUCCCUGAAGGGCAAGCAGCGGAUGAACAAGCAGAACUUCCUCCAGGCGCAGACGGGCGAGGGGCUGCGGGGGCCCCGGCCCAGCGACGACCCCCUCAGCAUGCUCGACCCGCUCUGGACACUCAACAAGAGCUGAGGGACGGAGGGGCCCGGCCCCCUCCCCCCCAGACCCUGCACUACAGCCACAGCCCCUGGCCCCCUGCCCCCCGCUGCUGCCUCCCAGAGUGCUGGGGUGGCCCCCGGGAGGGUUGGGGGGCACGGGGGGGGCCCUGCCUUCUCCCCCCUCCCCCCCCCCAGCUUUGUACAGGUGUACCGGCGCUGAUCACCUUCUCUCCCUCCCUCAGAACUGACUUUUUCAGCUCUUUGCUACUAAAAUAAAGAGGUUGAUCUGG